AUGAUUAUGAGGAUAAGUGGUUUAUCUAAUGGAAAUCUGGAUUUUAUUCAGAAUUUGAAGUCCUUGAGUGUUCUAAUGUUGAGAAAUAACAGACUUUCUGGCUCUAUUCCAAAUGACAUAGGAGAACAUGGAUUUGAGUUUCAACAAUUUGAGUGGGGAGAUUCCAAGAGGAUUGUUCAACUUGAGUCAAAUGUCUUUCUUGCUUCAUCAAACGCAACUGGUUCUCCAUCUCUUCGUCAGGAAAAUGUCCCGCCCUAGUUUAACAACAUAUAAUCGUAGAAAAAGACAAAAUUCAUUGAUUUUGAAAUGGUGGAACGUGGUUUUGCACAUUGUUGUACUCCUCUUGUUAAUGAUGUUCAAAAACCAUAUAGAUAAACGACGUAUUAAGCGGAUUUCUUCAAAUAUAGAUCGAUACCCAAUACUACAUGAAAUAGUUUAUGAGAGUGACACCAUGUCUAUAUCACAAAUUAGGAUGUCUCGAAUGUGCUUUAAAAAGUUAUGUCAUAUGCUUGAAACAUUCGGAGGACUAAAACGAAGUAGGAAUAUGGAUAUUGAUGAACAAGUUGCCAUUUUUCUACAUAUUCUUGCUCAUAAUGUUAAGAAUCGGGUCAUCAUAAGUCGCUUUCAUCGUUCGGGAGAAACGAUUAGUAGGCACUUUAGUCGAGUUUGUAAUGCUGUCAUACGAUUGCAUACUCGUUUGCUUAAGAGACCCGAACCUGUUCCCAAUAACUCCACCGAUCAAAGAUGGAAAUGGUUUAAGAAUUGUUUAGGAGCUUUAGAUGGAACAUAUAUAAAGUGCCUAGUUCCAGCCGAAGAAAAGCCUAGAUAUAGAACAAGAAAGAAUGAUAUUGCAACAAACGUUCUAGGGGUUUUGUUCCCAAGAUAUGCAGUUUAUCUACGUGUUACCGGGAUGGGAGGGGUCGGCUGCGGAUGGUAGAGUUCUUCGGGAUGCUCUUCUUAGACCACAUGGAUUGAAAGUUCCAAGACCGGGUUAUUAUUUAGUUGAUGCUGGAUAUACAAAUGGAGAGGGUUUUCUAGCCCCGUAUAGAGGGUAAAGGUAUCACUUAAAUGAAUGGCGUCAUGGGCACCAACCAACUACAACAAAGGAAUUCUUUAACAUGAAACAUUCAUCAGCAAGAAAUGUCAUUGAACGAUGUUUUGGCAUUUUGAAGGGAAGAUGGGGAAUAUUAAAGGACAAUUCGUAUUAUCCAAUUGAAAUGAAAGAUAAGAUCAUAAUGGCAUGUUGUCUACUACAUAACUUCAUAAGACAAGAAAUGGAAGUAGAUCCUUUUGACAAUGAAUGUGAUCGGGAUGAGGGAACCGGAGAUGUUGGACCUGAAGAUGUUGAUAAUAUUACUUCUGUAGGGACUUCGAAUGAAUGGACCAUAUUUAGAGAUAAUUUAGCGGAGUCCAUGUUUGCAUCUAGGGGCGCGGCAAAUUAAAUUGGCAUUUUGCUUAUCUAUUUAUGAUGUAUCUCUAUGUUGGACAAAUUGUUGUAUUGUUUGCUUAUCGUUACGUUGAACAAUUGUUGCUUUUUUAACGUUAUGUUGGACA